AUACUUAAAUAUAUAUUGUAUCUCACAACACCUUUGAAUUAAAGAAAUAUGGACAAACCCGUUCCAACAUUAUAAAUACAUCAUCUUCCCUCUAUUUUUCAGUCAUCUUAAGAUCUUUUUCUCUUCGAAUCUCUGAAGAAAUAAAAAGAAAAAGAAAACCAAAAAUGUUGCUUACAUUAUUGAAAUCUCUCCUCGUGAUAUUCAUGACCUUGAUACUGAGAGUUCUAUACGACACCAUAUCUUGCUACUGGCUAACACCUAGGCGAAUCAAGAAGAUCAUGGCAGGGCAAGGGGUAACCGGUCCUAAACCACGUCCACUAACCGGAAACAUCCUUGAAAUCUCGGCUAUGGUGUCACAAUCCGUUUCUAAAGAUUGUGAUUCUGUUCACCAUGACAUCGUAGGCCGCCUUCUUCCGCAUUACGUCACCUGGUCCAAACAAUACGGGAAAAGAUUUAUAGUGUGGAAUGGGACGGAUCCUCGGCUUUGCUUAACGGAAACAGAAUUGAUAAAAGAGUUGCUGAUGAAGCAUAACGGAGUAAGCGGAAGAUCGUGGCUACAGCAACAGGGGACCAAAAAUUUUAUUGGUCGUGGUCUCCUUAUGGCUAAUGGCCAAGAUUGGCACCACCAACGCCACCUUGCUGCGCCGGCAUUUAACGGGGAAAGGCUCAAGGGCUACGCAAGGCACAUGGUGGAGUGUACGACUAGGCUAGUGGAGAGGCUGAGCAAAGAAGUUGGGAAAGGAGGAGGUGAGGUGGAGAUAGGGGAGGAGAUGCACCAGCUCACGGCGGAUAUUAUAUCGAGGACGGAGUUCGGAAGUAGCUUUGAGAAAGGCAAAGAGCUUUUCAACCACCUCACCGUCCUCCAACGCCGUUGCGCUCAAGCCACCCGCCACCUCUGUUUUCCCGGUAGCCGGUUUCUUCCGAGCAAAUACAACAGAGAAAUAAAGUCUCUGAAAAAGGAAGUGGAACGUUUGUUGAUAGAGAUCAUACAAAGCAGGCGAGACUGUGCUGAGAUGGGUCGGAGCAGUACUCACGGCGAUGACCUUCUUGGCCUUCUCUUGAACGAAAUGGAUAGUCACAAGAACAAAAAUAACGAUAACAAUAAUCUUCAGUUGAUAAUGGAUGAAUGCAAGACAUUCUUCUUUGCUGGUCACGAAACUACCGCACUCCUUCUCACAUGGACAAUGAUGCUCCUCGCCGAUAACCCCACGUGGCAGGAAAAGGUUCGUGAUGAGAUUAGAGAGGUAUGUGGCUGCGACGGUCUUCCCUCGGUUGAUCAACUAUCCAAGCUUACCUCGUUAAACAAAGUGAUAAACGAGUCAUUAAGACUUUACCCUCCAGCUACUCUUCUACCAAGGAUGGCAUUUGAAGAUAUAAAACUAGGUGAUCUAAUAAUUCCCAAAGGUUUAUCAAUAUGGAUACCCGUCCUCGCAAUCCAUCACAGCGAAGAAUUAUGGGGUAAAGAUGCAAAUGAAUUCAACCCUGAACGCUUUGGAGGCAAACCAUUUGCGCCUGGCCGCCACUUCAUCCCAUUUGCAGCUGGUCCUCGAAACUGCAUCGGACAAUCAUUUGCGAUGAUGGAAGCAAAAAUAAUAUUAGCAACGCUAAUUUCAAAGUUUAACUUCGCAAUAUCAAAGAACUAUAGACAUGCGCCAAUAGUUGUGCUUACUAUAAAACCUAAAUAUGGAGUUCAAGUGAUAUUGAAGCCAUUGGAUUCAUGAAGCUUUUAAGAUUAAGAGAGUCAUUUGAAAUGCUUUGAUCAUACAUUUGGGAAAAUAUUUUGGGGGUUGUUAACUUUUGAGUAACAUGAGGGAUUUUGAUUUGAAUAAACAUCGUACGAGUAUGAGAGAAAAUUAUGUUAA